UUUAAUCAAUGUUGCAAAUUAUGUUGUGUUGUAUUUUUUAUAUUCUAGAAAAAUAUGGCCAUACUGUAGCUUGUUUUAUGUGGUAAAAGCGGUGUGGAGAGUGGCCUGACCAUGUCAUAUCAAAGGAUUAAAGAACUGAAAGUACAAUGUGAAUGGUCAACAUGUACAAGUACUUUUGAUGACAUGGAAGAAUUUUAUCAACAUUUAGAAGAUCAUUUCUGGAAAGAUAUUGCCGCAGUGCCAUUGCAACCUGGAACAACAGUUAUUUGUCACUGGAAUGAAUGUAAUUUUACAACAACGGAUGGACAUGAUCUUAUUCGACAUAUUUAUUUCCAUGGCUUUCAUACCAAGUUAAAAUGGCGAGGAUAUUUAAAACACUUGGAAGCAAAUACAUGUGAGUGUCAAGUUGCUCAAAAUCCCAAUGUUAUUCCGGAAUUGCCUGACGGAUUCAAAUGCUGCUGGGAGGAUUGCUAUGCAAUCCUCGAUAUACCAGAUAAAUUUUAUGAUCAUAUCAGAGAACAUGCUAUUAUUUCUGAAGUGGAAGAUAUUGGGAAUGAUGAAAAGGGUUUUAAAUGCCAUUGGAAAGGUUGCAAUUACACAUAUCGUUAUCAAGAUAAGAGACGUUUAUCACAUGGUCGACAUAAGUUACGUUUACACAUGAGCACACAUACACAGGAGAGAAGUUAUGCAUGUCCAUGGUGUGGAAAUCUUUAUGUGAAUUUAACAAAACUUAUUGAUCAUUUUACUCGUCAAACUAGUAUAGAAAAUCAUACUUUCCAAUGUACUCACUGCUCUAGAACAUUUGCUUCAGAAAGAAUAUUAAAAGAUCAUAUGAGACACCAUGUGAAUCACUACCAGUGUCCCAAAUGUGCAAUGACUUGCCCUAACCCAUCUGCAUUGAAACAUCAUAUGAGAUACAAACAUUCUAACGAUCGACCAUAUGCUUGUGAAUUCUGUGAAUAUAGAUCAAAAGAACCGCACGAUCUUCAAAUUCAUAUGCAAUUCCACCAAAGUGAUUUGUCUUAUCAAUGUCAAUAUGAAGGUUGUGAUUAUAUUGUCAGAUCAGCACAAAGUUUAAGAUAUCAUUACAGGGUCAAGCAUGGAGCUGGUGAUGGUAAACUAUAUGCUUGUCAUCUAUGUGAUAAAAGAUAUGGGACCGGAUAUCAAUUAACACCACAUUUAAGAAAAGUUCAUAAUUUUCAAUGGCCGCCUGGGCAUUGUAGAUUCAGGUACAAAGAGUGUGAAGAUGGCUUAUUCAGGCUUCAAGUUUUUCGCUAUGAAUCGAUUGAACUCACUGAACAAAGAAUGUCAUCAUCAAAAUCAGGAAUUGAGGAUGAAAUUGAUUCAAGUGAACUAGCUCAUAUUACACCAAGUUCUAGUACUGCACCUGCUAGGAUCACAAAAGCAAAAAGGACAAUCAUAAAUGAACCAAUAGUAAAAAGUACUGAAACGAAGAAAAACAGAAAGACCAAGAAGCAAGCCACCAGAAAAUCUCCCAGAAAAAGUGGAUCUGCUAAGAAAACUUCUACUGUGAGUCAACCAAAUAAACCUUCAUUAUCGUUGGAGGCUAUGCCUGAUCUUUAUAUCAACUCUGAUGAAUGUUUGGAAGCUGCUGAUACACUGUGCCAUAUGAAAACUCUUUCUUCAAAGAAAAAAAAAACGAAGAGAAAAGUUCGAGAUUCAGAUGAAGAGCAUGACGAUAUUUAUAUUAAUUCUUAUCUCGAAGGAAGUGAAAGUGAUUUAAAAUUGGUAACUAAUGAUGAGGACAAAAUUGUUGCAUCAGAUAUAGAGGAAAUUGAAUCCACGCCUAAUAGAAGCUUUACUGUGAGGAAUGUUGGAGUCACAACCAGAAGUAGUUCCAAGAAAUCACCCAUGACACCAAGUCCAACUAAGAGAAGAUUUGUUAAAGCUAAGAAAAGAUUAAAAAUGAAUACCUCAGAAAAUCGUAAUGGACAAGAUUUGAAUAAAGAAAAUAUUGAUUUUGCGAGCCUCAAGGAAUGUUCUGUUGAUCUUGUACCUAUUAUUAACAAUCCAGUGUUUCCAAAUCACCACAAAAAUUGCCUGAACUCAACUCUAAUUGACCCAACAGAAAAUUCUUGUUUUGAUACGUUAGGAAGAGAAACUGAUUUUUCUGCCCUUCUGGAGAAUCAGACAUUUAUAACAGCAAACAUUAAUCCAGGACAGAACACCAUGGACUUAGAAACAACUACCGUCUCAACCAAGUUACCUGCUUUUCUAAAUGAUGAAACUGCUCCACUGAAAACCCCAGAAAAGAUGAACCAAAAUGUGGAAUUAGAUCAAGCUAUUGACAUUGAACCUCCUUUACCUGUUGUUGGAGAAAGCCCGAAUGAGAAACACCACAUGAAUGCAAAUGGAGUUAUGGAUGUUGGUCAAGCAGGAAGCGAACAAACUACUAACGAUCAAUGUGUUGAAGUUAACUGCAGUGAAAUGGUGUUGGAUGAGGAAGGCAAUAGAACAAUUGUGAGAGUUGGUGAUGAAGAUUACUACAUUGUUGCUGGAACUGAUACAACUUCAGGUGGUACAGCCUAUUGUCUUGUGAAAGCGUCUGAUUUUGAUGAAUAGAAAUGAAUUUUUGUCAAGUUUUAGGUGUAGCUUGUUUUUUUUUGUGGGAUUGUUCAUCAUGCCCAUGGGCAGAAAAGUGAAAUUUAUUUUCUCAAGCGUGAAUUGUCUUGUCCAGUGUGUUGUGAUUGGAAUGCGAAAAUGCGGCCUAUGGCUAUACUUUGCGAUCUGCUAUAUUUUCAGUGGGAAAAUUUAGUUAUGUACUUCCUUGAUUGCGUCACAUAAUAUGUAACCAUUUGUAACAGUGUUUGUCCGAUGGACUUGAUCAUUUAAAUUGACUCAAUAUUUUGAGGCAAUGACUGACUACUUUGAGAUUCUAUCAUUACAUUGUAUGCUGUUUUCAAGUAAUCUUCAUUCUAUUAUGAAAUUCGUUAACGUUUAUGUUAUUAAUAAUAAAAUUAUACUUCUUUUA